UGUUGAUGUAGAAAAAAUGUCAAUCACACAAAAAACCUUUAUCUUCUUCGUCACCGGCUUCAGUUCUCGUCUUUCUAGGAAGAGAAAUUGCAGUAAAUCCAUGACCGUAGAAGCAAAUAAGAGAAAUUCGGAUGAGAAUAGAGAAAGUCUGCAACCUAGUUUCCCAUUGAGAAUUUCAAACACAAUUCUUUCUCGAUCAGUGGUUGCAGUGUUAGGAUUAGGGUUCGUCGAUGCCGGGUACAGUGGGGAUUGGUCAAGAAUAGGAGUGAUCUCAAAAGAGACUGAGGAAUUGUUAAAGGUUGCUGCCUUUCUUGUUGUUCCUCUCUGUAUUUUUCUUAUAUUUUCCUUGUCGGUUGAAUCAGAUGAUUGAAUCUUUUUCAGCAGGAGAGUGGGAAUUCUAUGCGUUUUGAGUUCAUCUGAACUGUUGAAGAUGAACAUGCUAAAUUUGUAACAAAUUUAAAAAUCUU